AUGUCCACCACCAUCCUCGAGCAAAGCAGCACUCUCACUACUCCUCCUGUCAUUAAAACAACCACCCUUCUUCCAUCAUCAACCAAUGUCGAUGCAGCAUCAACAUCAUUGACCAAAAAACCACAAGAACGAGUGGCCAUCAUCGGAGCCGGUUGGUAUGGUUGUCAUUUGGGUGUCCAGUUGAAGAAAUUAGGAUAUCAAGUAGUCAUCUUUGAAAAGAACUCGGACAUAUUUAUGGGUGCCAGUGGUUUCAACCAAUUCCGUCUUCACAAAGGAUUGCACUAUCCUCGCUCCUAUGUCACUCGUGUUCAAUCAUUGAAAGGUUUUGAUCAUUUUAUGGAAAAGUAUUCACACUUGACCACUCAAGUCGAUUAUAACUUGUAUGCCAUUGCAAAGAGAAAUUCUUGGCUUGACUUUGGAACUUAUAAACAAGUCAUGGAUGCCACUAAGAUUUAUAACAAACCUUUCAAUCAUGAACACUUUGGAUUGACUAAUUUGGAAGGAUCCAUGUUGUGUGAUGAGAGAGUGCUCUACCAUGCAGCUCCAAGAAAAUUCUUUAGAGAACAAUUCACAGAACAAGAACUCUUGUUGAAUAAUCCUGUGAAAAAAGCAGAGCAAGUCACUAUUACCAGUUUUGUGAGUCCACAAUUUGAGGAAGAUGACAACACGAGUUCCUCUCCUGAAUGUUCCGAUUCUUAUGAAUACGAAUUGAAGGAAGAACAAAAUCGAUUCGCUAAAAUUAAGAUUAACGAUCGAGAUGAUUUAACAUUUGACUGGUGUAUUUCAUGUACCUACAACACAUUCCUUGUCACACCCUCUCUCAAUAUUUAUUAUGAACCUUGCAUUUCUUUGAUUUAUAAGGAUAUUCGUUCGGAUCCAUUCCCUCGUGUGGCCAUGACCAUUUGUGACGGUCAUUUCUGCUCUCUCUUCCCAUACAUUUCAGGUCCAGAAGAAGAAAAGAGAAUUGCUCAAAAGUAUGCCAAUUCCGAUCUGGGAGUUUUGAAACAUCACACCCAUGGUAGCAUCACGAAUUCAACAAGCUCAACUACUGAUGGUCAAUACAUUAUUCCAAAAACUAAGAAUGUUGUGUUAAAUGAUGACAAUGUCGAUGCCACUGAUUUCACAAAACGACCACUUCGAACAAACACAACUGCCAAUGAUGAUGAUGACGUUGCAAUUUUAUAUACCUUGACCUCAGUGGCUCACACUCCACUCGGUCAAUACAAUUCUUGGAAGAAAGCUGAAGAGAGACGUUUGCAAGUUGAGAAAAAUCCAGAAACUGAAGUUGCCAAAUUGAUUCCACUCUUUGAACAAAAUAUUUUACAAUUCUAUCCUGCCUUUAAGCAACACUUCCAAUAUCAUUCAUUCUUUACAUCCAUGAAGACCAAACCAUACGAUGCCACAGAUAGUCGUGAAUGUACUGUGGAACGUGAAGGACGUUUUGUGAGUAUUAUGAGUGGAAAGGUGAAUAGCUUGCAUGUGGCUGAGAAGGAAGUUCUAAAGAUUUUGAAUGAGAACAAAUCUCGUCGUCGUUAA